AUGUCAAGUGGUCGAUUACGGGUUCUUUGCACUUACCUGCAGUUGAAAUCUCAACAUGCGUUACACAAAAAUCUGCGAUUUGCUCCACUCAGCUCGUUCUCUAUCACCAAUUCGCCGCAUCCGAAAGGCGAACAUUAUGGCACUCCAACCUUACAAAAAAGUUUGGAGAAAUACCUUCAGUAUGUAAAACCUCUGAUAGCAGAUGAAUUCAUACGUUCCCCAGAAGGAUCUGAACUUCAAAAUCUUUUGGUCGAACGGGCUAAAAUGGAAGAGAACUGGCUUUUCGAUUGGUGGCUUGCUUCCUACUUGAAUUUCCGAGAGCCAGUCGUGGUACACUCCAGUCCAGGAGUGCGAAUGCAAACUAUGAACUUCCGUUCGGAUCAGGAAUGGCUAACGCAGGCGGCUGCCGUAAUUCAAGGUGUACUGAAUUUCAAGGCCAAGCUGGAGUCCGGAGCCUUGGAAACCGAGUUCACUUCUAAUGGUUCGGCCAUGUGCAUGUCUCAGUACUAUGCAGCAUUGGGUAAUUGUCGGAUAUCAGGAAUCCCUAACGAUCGGAUUCUGAGCCGCCAAGGUGGGCCAAAAUCCACCGUAGAGGUGUGCAAUAUUUCCGUGCUUUACAGAAAUCGACUUUUCAAUCUGGUCUUCUCGGACAAUGUCUCGCGUAACCCACUUCCACUGGGGACAAUCUAUCGACAGUUGGAGAACAUUGUACAAACUGUCCAACAUUUACCUCCCACUCCGCCGAUUGGACUGCUAACCAGUCUUCCACGAGAUGACUGGGCAAAAGCACACGCAGAACUGAGACAAAGUUUCCGUAACGCGGACAAUUUCUCCUCACUCGAGCGCAGUCUGUUUGUUCUCUGCUUGGACGACACGGCCAAUCUGCCCCCGGCUGAAAAGUCCACAAACAAUAUGUGGGAUCUGCCAGCUCGUGACACAGUCAGUGCGUUACACAUGUUACACGGGAAUUUGAUCAGUUCAGGCAAUCGAUGGUUUGAUAAAACAGUCGAAUUUAUCGUCUCUCGGGACGGUGCAGUCGGCCUGAACUUUGAGCACACACCGGCCGAUGCGGGUGUCCAUAUGGCCUUGAUAGAGGAAGUGUACGCUGCGAUGGAACAGAUCUUGGUGCCCGAGAGUCGAAUGCCUACAUUUGCCAAUCCGCAAGAAUGUGAAUGGGAAUUGUCCUCAUCCAUUCAAGACGAAAUUGAGCGAGCAGGACAUUUGCUUAAAGACACACCAAGACAAAGAGCCCAGCUACUUCAUGAAGCGGUACGCAAACAUCAAGACUAUACGAGAGAAUUGACCGAUGGAAAAGCAUUUGAUCGUCAUUUACUUGGUUUGCGUCUCUUGGCAAAUUCAUUGCGAUCGUCACGUCCGGAAUUGUAUGAGCGCGCACAAAUCCUCUUCACUGAUUUCACUUACUUGACUGCAAAUCACUACCGAUUGUCAACAAGUCAGACUCGAUCCAAGGCGGAUUUGGCCGCUGUGUUCGGUCCAGUUGUUCCUAAUGGCUAUGGGGUUUGCUACAACAUUCAUCCGGAUUUCAUUCAGUUAACUGCCACCGCUUUCCGAACGUCUUCCGAGACCCGAGAACCGCGGGAACUUCUCGAGCACUUGUUCACUGCGCUCAACGAUAUGAUGACCUUGGUCACACAAAAUGCCUGA